UCAGAUUCAAUCGCUUUCUCUCUCAAUUUUCCCGAGAAAAUAAAUUUCCGAGAAAGAGGAAAGGAAAGUUCGCCGAUCGGAAUGGCUCGCACGAAGCAGACGGCCCGGAAGUCCACCGGCGGCAAGGCCCCGAGGAAGCAGCUGGCGACCAAGGCGGCCAGGAAGUCGGCCCCGGCGACCGGCGGGGUCAAGAAGCCGCACAGGUUCAGGCCCGGCACGGUGGCGCUGAGGGAGAUCAGGAAGUACCAGAAGAGCACGGAGCUGCUGAUCCGGAAGCUGCCGUUCCAGCGGCUGGUGAGGGAGAUCGCCCAGGACUUCAAGACCGACCUCCGGUUCCAGAGCAGCGCCGUCGCGGCCCUCCAGGAGGCGGCGGAGGCGUACCUGGUCGGGCUGUUCGAGGACACCAACCUGUGCGCCAUCCACGCCAAGCGGGUCACCAUCAUGCCCAAGGAUAUCCAGCUCGCCAGGAGGAUCCGGGGAGAGAGGGCUUAGUAGAAAGACGUGUGUUUUAGGUCUUCAUCGUUUUAGGGGGUGUUUGAUUGUAGCGGGAGAGGUCGAUAUCUUUUGUGGGUUAAUUAUGGAGGCUUUGAAUCGUUGUUAUGUAGGUGUACAUGAUUGAACAUCAAUGGAAUGUGGGUUCGUUUCACUUUGGA